AUGGCUGAGCUUAUUGGAAUGGGGUUAACAGGAUUUGGAGUGUUUUUCCUGUUCUUUGGAAUGAAUCUCUUUUUUGACAAAGCACUACUGGCUACUGGAAAUGUUUUACUGACUAAUGGAAAUGUUUUAUUUGUGGGUGGCUUGGCUUUUGUAAUUGAUUUAGAAAGAACAUUCAGAUUCUUCUUCCAAAAACAUAAAAUGAAAGCUACAGGAUUUUUCCUGGGUGGUGUAUUUGUAGUCCUUAUUGGUUGGCCUUUGAGAGGCAUGAUCUUUGAAAUUAAUGGAUUCUUUCUCUUGUUCAAGGAUUUCUUUCCUGUGGUAACUGGCUUUAAUAUAAGAGUGCCAGUCCUUGGAUCCCUCUUGAAUUUACCUGGAAUUAGAUCAUUUGUAGAUAAAGUUGGAGAAAGCAACAAUAUGGUAUAA